AUGAUAGAGGUGAACAAACAUAAUAUCGAGAUAUGUGCACUAUCUGAGCUGAAGAAGAAAGGAAAAGGCAACAUAAGAUACCAACACCAUAUACUAUUCUACAGCGGAAGAGAGAAACACCAGAGAGCCAAAGCCGGAGUGGGGAUCCUAAUACACGAUAAAUUUGAAGACCAUAUCGAUGAAGUGCAAUACAUAAAUAGUAAUAUCAUGUACAUUUCCCUCAAAGACGAAACAACGAGAACGUACUUCAUAAGCAUAUAUGCACCGGAUGUAAACAGACCUAAUGAAGAGAGAACUGCCUUUUUCGAAGAACUACAGCAGGUAAUAGAUGAAAUACCUAAAAAAUCGAAGAUCUUCAUAAUGGGAGACUUCAACUCUAGGAUUGGUAAUACAGUUCUGCCGGGUGUUAUGCAAAGAUUUAAUGAAGAUGUUAUCAACAACAAUGGAGAGAUGCUUAUAACACUAUGCGCGCAGAACGAAUUACCAAUAAAUAAUACAUUCUUUAAACACAAAAUCCAACAAAAAUAUACCUUCGGUAAUACAAGAGACCAAAAUUCAAUGAUCGACUAUAUUAUCACUAAUAGAACAGUACAUCCAAGUCAAAUACUCGACGUGCGAACACUCUUCAAUGGUUAA